AUGCCAGAGGACCCCGUGAACCUGUCGCGCGCAGAGUCGAACACGCAGACAUACCCGGCGGUCGUCGGCGUGCUCGUCAGGUUCAUGGGCAAGCAGGUGCAGGCGCUGCUGAAGGCGACGGCCAGGAAGACCACGUUUCGCACCGAGGGCGCCGUGCUGCUGCUGCGAGCCGUGCGCUCUGCGCGCCAGGCCGGGCACCAGCUGCCCAAGGCGGCCCAGAAGCUGUGGCAGCACAUCGAGGAGACGCUGCGCAGCGACGCCGCGGCGCACCGCCAGCUGCAGGGGGCCAUCACCCACUACUGCCGCAUGGCCGUGGAGCUCGCCCAAGGUGGCGCCCUGGGCUACACGGCGGAGCUCCGGGGCGACCUGCUCCGGCGGCUCCUCCGCGCUCUGCUGCAGCCGAGGCCCGUCGAGGCGCAGGCCGCCGCCCUCGACGCCGCUGCGCAGAUCCACCGCGGCGCCCUGGUGGACCUGAGCGGCGAAGUGCCACUGGUCUGCCAGGGCCUGGUCGACUUAGUGCAGGGCCUGGGCGACCGCAACCAGAACGCGGUGCCUUUGGUCGGCUGCCUCGCCGCGGUGGCCACGAGGAGUCCAUUCGCCUUCCGGGACUGGCUGCUCGGCGACGGCCGCGCGGAGUUGCUGGCCGGGCUGGCAUCUCGGCUGUGGUCCAUCAAGACCCUCGAGGGCUUGAGCCUGGUCCUGCGCCUGGCCCUCGGCUUCCAGGCUCCCGCCAGCGAGCUCAUCCCCAUGAUCGUGGAUUCCCUCGAGUCCCUUUGGCGGUCCGACGACCGCGGCAGCCCGCCGACAGUCGACGCGCGCCAGGGAGCGCCGCACAGCGACGCGGUCCGGAUGGCCGAUCUCUUGGCCUCCUUGCUGCUCCGCUCGGAGGGCUCCUCGCGGGCGGCCGCGCAGCGCCUCUGCGAGAAGCUCGAGCACCGCGUCGUGCCGUGGGCCCUGUGCGCAGUGCGGCUGUGCGAGGCCCACGCGGGCCCCGUGCAGCACGGCGGGCUCGGCGACGCGGAGCUGCUGCAGCUCGUGGCCGCUCUGGGCGCGCACCUGACGCGCGGCGCGCGGCCCGGAGCGGAUGCCCUCCCGGCGGUCUACCUGGCCCUGGCUGCAGCGCUGACGGCUCACGCGUGGGCGCGCCUGUGGCCUGCAGGGGUGGGGCUGCCCUCCGUCCCCGUGCCGCUGAGCUCCGUGUGCGGGGACGCGCUCGUGCUGUCGGCCGCCCCGGGCCUGGUCUCGCUGCCGCCUCUCGAGCCGGCCUCCGGCGCGGAGGGCGCGGAGUGGGCGCGCUGGCAGCAGGCGCUGGCCGAGCACGCGGCCGCCUCGCUGUCUGCCAGGCCGGCCCCGCGCGGGCUGCACCGGCUGCUCGGCGUGCUCCUGAUCGCCGCGCCGCGGAGCGCCGUCGAGGACGCGCGGUGCGCGCUGCUGCGGCAUGCCGCGCAGGCUCCUGCCGCGGUCGUGGGCCAGUCCGACGCCCCGGCGAGGUGCUGCCUGUGCGCAGCGGUCAGGCGGCAGCGGCCCGACCCGAAGGCGCAGUGCGAGCUGCUGAAGGGCGUCUCCGCCGAAGCCGUGGACGUCCGGGUGGCCUUUUUGGCGCUCUGCGCCGCGGACAGCCUGGAGACCCAGGAAGAGGACGACCUGUGCGCGGUGGACGUGGCAGAGGAAGCCCCAAGCUGCGUCGACGUGAGGGCAAGGUGGCGCGAGAGGCACGCGGCCGCACUGGGACAGCUCGAGGCCCAGAGGCUGGCCGCCGCCCUGGACGCUGGCCACUCGGAUGCGGGAGGGGCCCUCGUCGACGAGCUCCGCCUGCACGCAGCCACGCAAGCCGCCUCCUUCCGCGAGCCUGUGGGGACGAGCUCUUUGCGCAGCGCGGACCCGGAGGGAGCAGAUGCCAGGUUACUCUUGGCUCCUUUCGCGGAGACUUCGAAGUCUGCGGCCGUCUACGAGGCUGCUCUGAAGCUCCACUUCGAUGAGGCAGACGCUUUCCUGUCCGCCAGGCAGGAGAGCUUGGCCAAGGCGCUGCCUCUCGCGGCUCAGCUUCUGCCCACCAUGGGCGUGGCGCUGCGGUUGCCCCACGACGUGGCCGCGGCGCGCGAUGUCUUCUGCCCGACCCUGAUCUGCCUGCUGGACCUCGCCUGCCAGCUCCUUCGGGGCCACUCGCCCAGCUCGCAGAGGGCCGGCGCCUUCUUCGACGACCUGGCCGACCUCGUCUGGCUCGCGGCGGCCCUGGCUCGCCAGGGCGGGGGCGGUGGCGCCACGCUCUCUGGCCACGGGGUGUGGCCGAAAUGCCUGGUGCUGGCGGAGGCCAUCCGCCAGGCCUGGCUCGGCGCCGGCUCGCGGGGCGGCGGUGCUCCGCGCUCGCGCACCGAGCAGCCGGACCUCUUCGACGGCGGGGACGGGCGGGAGCGCCGCAGGGAGUCCGGCGCCAGGCAGGCGGGUACGGACCUCCAGCGCUCGUCUGGCCUUCGGCUGCUCUUGGCUCUGGCGUGCGCCGAGGCCGCCCAGGACGCCAAGGGCGGGCCCCGCGGCGAGGGCUGCGAGGGCGGCUGCCCCCAGCAGGUGCUGCGAGGGCUGUUGCUGGACUGCGCCAGGGCCGAGCCGGCCGCGGCCGUGCAGGCCUUGGGCCUGGCGGCGUGGGAGCUGGCGGGCUGCGCGGCAGGGCCAGCUGGCUGCCCCGCGCACUUGCUGGCCGCCGUCGCCGAGUGCUGGUGCGCGGUGGACGAGCCGAUGCUGGGCCAUCAGCUCGACGAGAUGCUGCUGAGCGCACUCCGGCUCGUGACCGCUGCCACGCGGAUCAGCCGCGAGGCGUUGCAGGCGGUGAGCCGCCACUUAUGGGUGGGCGGUAGGACGGCCGUGGCGAGGCUGACCGCGUUGUCUCGCCGACUCUGCGGCGGAGACAUUGCACUUGUGAGUCCGCAGGGGAAGCAGACCUUUGCGGCAUUGUUGACGAACUGCAUCAGGGAGCUGAAAGGCGUCCCGGAGUUCAACGCUACGGUGGAGUUUCUUGCGGAGUGUUGCAUGUCUACGAUCCCCGAUCUGAUAUUGACAGAUGGCAGCUGCGAGGUGCGCUUCAGCGUCGGCUCAAUGUUCACCAGGGCCCUCUUCGAUUUCUUCAAUGUCAACGACGAGGUCUUCAACGAAUUCGCCCAGUCGCUGACAUCUCUGGAGGAUGGUGGAGAAGCUUCAGACGCGCACCCCACGUCGUCAGCGCUGGCCACGGUGCGCGUGAUGGUCGAGGUGGCGUGCCAGGACGGCUACAUGGCCCGAAUCUUGCCUCGCCUCUGUGCCCUGGCCCCCGGCCUGCGGCCCACCGUGCGCCUGGCGCUGCGUUCCCUGGACGAGCCCCUGGGGCCCGCCGAGGGGGGCUGCUCGUGGACCGCGCUCGCCUUCCGCACUGGCAUCUUCGCCGCGCAGCUGCGGCGCGGGCACCAGCUGACCGAGCUGCGGCUGGAGGAGUUCCUGCUGGCACUGCCGUCCGCGGGCCCGCGAGCGGGCGUCGGCCGACACUUCGCCGCCGCCGUCGCGGCGCUGGCGCUGUGCGAGGAGACCGGGCAGCUGCCGCAGCUGGCCGAGGCAGUCGGCGCGCGGGCCGACUCUCAAGAGUUCCACGCGCAGGUGUUCGUGCCACUGGCGGGGACGCUGCUCCCGCUGCAGCGGAGCCUGCAGCCGCUGCGCAGGCUCUUCUCCGAGGAGUGGCUCAUGAGCUGCUGCUCCACGUGGGCCGCCAGCGUCUUCGCGUUCGCGCUGCAGCUGCCCUUCUUGACCCUGGGCCUCGGCUGCGAGGUGGACGCCCGGAGGGUGGCGACCGCUCUCGCGGAGCUGCAUCCGGCUCUGCCCUGGGCGCGGCUCCGCGAGUUCGUGAACCAGCACUUCCGCCUGCUCUGCGCGCAGCUCGACCGCAUCAUGCGGGCGUGGUCGCGCUGGGCGCCCGCGACGGCAGUGGAUAUGCUUAGGACCUUCGCCGGCUGGUUGGCCCCCCUGAGCGGCAGCCGGCUGCGGCUGUUCUUGCCGCUGCUGCGACGGCAAGCGGAUCGGUUGCCGCCGACGCAGUCGAAGGCGAUCGCUGAGCUCGCUGUCGUGGUGGAGACUGUGGUGAGCGCGAGCGGCAAGGAUGCGCUGGUUCAUCUGGCAGCUCACCAGGACGAGUCGCUCGGAGAGGCCGUGCGGGCCGUCGAGCGAAAGUGGUCCAUGCCAUCGCUCGCCUGUGGGCCCGCCGCCAACUGCCCAGCUCUCAGCGCAUUGCGGGCGGCAAUGCGACGCCUGCGCCGCGCCCCGGAGGUCGCCGAUGCACGCCCAGGAGACUGGCUGUUUCUGCAGGUGGAGUCUAUACUGCCCGGGCUGAGCCCCGCAGCGCAGGAGGUGCUCGCGGAGGCCCGCGGCCUGAGCGAGGCGAUGGACGGCAGCGGGCGCCCAGUAAAAAGACGGCGCCUGGGCCGCGGCGACAGCACUUGCGCUGCGGCGGCGGCAGUGUUGCACCCGGGGCGCCUCGCCUGGGGUGCGCCGCCAGACCUCGACCUUGGGGCCGUGGCACGCUGCGCUGUGGCCGGUGCGGGGGCUGAUCCUGCAGCUGGCGCGGCAGCCGCGAAGGCCGGCGCGGGGCUGGCGCGGGUCUUGCACUGCGCGCUGCGACCGCAGAUGGCCGAGCAGAUGGCGCGCGACGGGGAGCUGGCGCGGACAGUCGCCCUCAGCGUGGCCGCCACGGAUCUGGCGGACGUGGCGCGGUUGGACCUCGAGGCCGAGGGCGAGGCGCUGGAUGGCUUCGCCUUCAUCGACGCGGCGAUGCGUGAGGAACGAGGCGCCCAGCCCACCGUCGACGAGCUCCUCUGCUGCGGCGCACUGCUGGGCGCAACCCAGCUGCAGGUUCACCGAUCCGCCGCCGUGCGGCGUCGUGCGCUCGCUGUGCUGCACGGUCUGCACCAGCAGCAGCCGCAGCUGUUCGGCCAAGCGCGCGACCUGCUGCACCGCUGGCUGGAUCCGCAGCACCUCUGCCUCGAGGACCUCCACGACAUCUCCAUCCCGGGUCACCUCGCGCCUCGCCAGGACAGCGAGCAGCGGGAAGCGGGAUGGCCGCCGUUCCACGAGCAGGCGGGCAGCGAUUUUCCGACGUGGGUGCGGGACGUCACCUCCAGGAUGAUGGCCGUCGGGGCUGGCGCGUGUGACGCCACGUCUUUGGGUGUGAUGGCUGCAAGCGUGCCACUGGCCCGGAGCGUGGACUGGUUCGCCAAGGGGAUGCUCGUUCUUGUUGUGCUGAAGGCGGCGGAUUCGGAAAGUGCUGGCAAGCAGUUUGCGGAGGCGCUGAACUGUCUGUUCAGGCAGGAGAACGCGGAGCUGUCGCGACUGCGCGCCAUGAUCCUCUCGCUGCGCUACAUCCGCUCGUACCAGACGGUCAGAGAGGGGCGAGUGGUGCCACACUUCCCCAUGGACAGCGACAACCAGUUCUGGUCCGCUCUGGACCUCCGCGCCGUGGCGGAAUCCGCCUCGCGAGUAGGCUGGGCGCGCGACGGCCUGCUCUACCUGGAGCUGCACCUCGCGAUGAUCAGGCCCGACGACCCCAUCGACCAGACGCUGGUCCCGGACCAGGCGAAGCUCCGCGUGGACCAGCUGUUCUCCCCCCCCACGCCCGAGGUGAAGCUGCUGCACCGGCUGGCCGAGCAGCUCCCCGACGACGAGCUCCUCCACGGGUCCUCCCAGUGGUGCCACCCGACCUCGCGGCUGGUGCGCGCCGAGCUGGGGCACGACCACCUCGCCACCCUCCACCUGCGCAGCGAGCUGCGCGCCGCGGCGCUCCAUGCCCGGAGGCCCCCGCCGCUGCCCACCGCCCCCGGCGCGCCGGACGCCGGCGAGGGCGACGCGGGGGCCGGCCUCCAGGACGCCCUGGCGCGCCUCGGUCUCCACGGCGUCCUCGCCGGCGAGGCGCCCCCCAUGGAGGCCGACGCCGCCGUGUGGGAGCGGCGCGCGGAGAGCCUGUGGAGGCUGCGGCAGUGGGACCCCGUCUCCGCCCCGAGCUCGGAGGGCUUCCAGGUCCGGGUCCACGGCGCGCUCUGCAGCAUCGCCGCCGCGGCCUCGCCCUCGCGCGGCGUCGCGGCCACGGCCGCCGCCGCCCUGGAGCGCCCGCUGCUGCCGCUCGUGGCGCAGGUGUCCAUGAGCGCGCACGCUGGCUCUCCCGAGCAGCAGCGCUGGGGCUCCGUGCGCCUGGGGAUGCUGGGCUCGAUCUUCAGCGUCCUCGACGCCAAGGCGGAGGACGCAGCCCGGGGGAGCAGGGCGGCGUCGAGGGCCCUCUCGGCACACUGGGCCGCCGCGGCCGGCCGCGCGCUGCCGGCGCGCCACUUCCUUCUCCUGGAGCCGCUGCACGCCCUGCGGGCUGCGCUGCUCUCGCUGGUCGCGGAGCCCGACGAGGAGCGGAAGCUCCUCGUGCGUGCCGCGUCGGCGGCCCGCGCCGCGGCGCAGUCGCACCGCGCCCUGGGGCUGCUGGAGCAGGCGCACCGCGUCCCCGGGUGCUCGCAGCAGCGCCUGGAGGUGCUGAAGCUGCACUGGGAGCGGGCCCAGUGCCUCCGCGCGCUGCAGCAGCAGGAGGCUGUGAGCAUCGCGCGAGCCAUCUCUGCGGAGUGCCGGCAGCGGCCGCACGAGGGCGCGGGAGUGCAGAGCUGGGCGGCCAGCGUGCUCAGCGAGACGGGUCAUUGGCUGUCGGUCUCUCGGCAGGAGGGUCCAGACGUGAUCCAGAGGGAGUAUCUGGAGCGGGCGGUGGCCAUGGACCCGGCGGGGGGGCAGCCCAGGAGACAGUUGGCAGACUUUCUCGACGCCCGCUUCUCCGAGGAGCUCGCGAGGCAAAGCUCCCUGGAACACACGAUUGCCAUGGGCUUGCGCAAGGCGACCGAGCAGCAGCUGCAGGGGGUGAGGGAUAAGGUCAAGGAGCUGUCCCGCAGCCCAGUCACGUCCCAGGAGUCGAAGGAUGACAUGGGCGCGAUGCGGGAGCAGCAGCAGCGGCUCGAGUCCCUGGUGAACCAUGAUCAGGCCAAGGCAGAGAGUGAGAAGAAGCGCCUUCAAAGCCUCGCCGUCGGCUGCGUCACGGAGCUGGGCAACUGUCUCGCGGAGGGCACCACCGGCAACCUGACCAAGGUGGCGUGCCGGCUGCUCUCGCUCUGGUUCUACUGCAAGAGCGAGUACCCCGAGGUCACGAGCGUCGUGCGCCAGGCGAUCCCGAGGCUGGCGCUGCGGCACCUGACAGGGAGACGAAAAAUCCCCUUCAUCUACCAGCUGGCCUCGCGGCUGGACCUGCAGGAGGGGCCCUUCCAGGACACCCUGGACGACCUUCUGGUCCGGCUGGCGGCGCACAGCGCCCCCGCCUUGUGGCCGCUGCUGGCCCUCCGGAACGGCGACCAGGUGCAGGGCAUGCGAGGCGCGGGCCUGUUCCAGUCCAACGCCGCGAAGAUAAAGGCCGCCCAGCGCGUCCUGGACCGGCUGUGCCGGGACAGGGAGGUCCGCCGGAGGCUGCAGGCGCACGAGCUCGUGAGCCGCUUCUACCUGGAGGUCGCCUUCUGCGACUUCCCGGACCGGCGCAGGGCGCAGAGCCUGACCGCCCUCGCCACCUACGGCAGCGCCCGGGGCGUCUUCUCCCAGGUGCAGGUCCCGACGAUCGCCCCGAGCAGUGACGGCAGCCCAGCGCCAGUCAUCAAGGGCAUCGAGGAGAGCUUCAGGUGCGCCGCGCAGGGCCUCUCGGCACCGCGCGUGCUCGUCGUGCACGACGCGGACGGCGGCGUUCACAGGCAGCUGGUGAAGGGCAAGGACGACAGCAGGCAGGACGCGGUCAUGCAGCAGGUGUUCCGGCUCCUGAACGACGUCUUCAUGGACGCGUCCGCUGCAGGGGAGGGCGAGGGCGGCGCCGCGCGCAACCUGCGGCUCCGCACCUACCAGGUGGUCCCCCUCGCGCCCUCCGCCGGCAUCCUGGAGUGGGUCGUCCCCACAGCCACGCUGGGGGAGCUGCUCGUGGGCAACUCGGCGGCCCCGGGCGCGCACCCGCGCUACCGCCCGCUCGACUGGCCGGGAACGCAGUGCCGCGAGGUCAUGGGGAGGGCGCGCGAGGCGGUCGACAAGAGGCGCGCGCCCGCCUCCGUCCUCGAGGCGGCGCUGCUGGAGUGCUACGCGAACCACAAGCCCGUGAUGCACCUCGUCUUCAUGGAGCUGUUCCCGUCCCCGGCGGGCUGGCACGCCGCCCGCCAGCACUUCGCCAGAUCGGCCGCGGUGAGCUCCAUGGUCGGCUACAUACUGGGCAUCGGCGACCGCCACACUAACAACAUCCUGCUCGACACGAAGACGGGCGAGCUGGUGCACAUCGACUUCGGGAUCACCUUCGAGGCCGGCCGCGCGCUGCGGGUGCCGGAGCUCGUGCCGUUCCGCAUGACCCGCGACAUGGUCGCGGGGCUGGGCUGCAUGGGGACCGGCGGCUGCUUCCGGCGGUGCUGCGAGACCUCCAUGCAGCGGCUCCGCGACAGCGCGCCCCUGGUGAACGCCGUGGUGGACGUCUUCGUGCAGGACCCCACGUACCAGUGGCGCCUGUCGGCGCAGCGCGCGCAGUCCCGCCAGCAGGAGGCCUCGCCCUCCGCGGAGGCCUCUGCGCCGGGCGGCGGGCCGGACGCGCCCACCGUGGCGCGGGCCUUCGCAGGGGGGAACGAGAUGGGCAGCGCGGAGGGUAACGAGAUGGCGAGGCGGGCCCUGCAGGCCGUGCAGGGCAAGCUGCGCGGGGAGCACGACUCGGCCUCGAUGCUGGGGGUGCCCGCGCACGUGGGGUGGGUGAUCCAGGAGGCCACGAGCAUCGCGAACCUCGCCGCGAUAUUCCCCGGGUGGUCGCAGUGGGUCUGA